AUGGGGCUCCUUACAUUGUUUUCCGCAUGGUAUCUCGUGUUUGGUGUUAUAACUGCAUAUGAAUAUCCAAGCAAUCCAUGUGCAGACUUAGCCUUGAUACUUCCAAACAGCACCUUCUUCCCCACAACGCCGACGUACAAUGCAUCCAUCCACUCCUACCCAUUCCUUCAACUUCGGCUACAUCCAUCCUGCAUCAUUCGUCCAAGCUCCGCAAAGGAUGUAUCUACUGCCAUCACCACUCUGCUGCAGAAUAAUAACACCAAGUUUGCGAUUAGGAGUGGUGGUCACAAUGCAAACGCCGGCUUCAACAACAUCGACGGCGGUGUGACAAUCGAUAUGCAAAGCAUGAACAAGGUAGAAGUUGCGAGAGGAGAUCAGGUUGUGGCGGUCGAGGCUGGAGCGCUGUGGCAGAAUGUAUACGACAAGGCCGAGAAGCGUAACCUAACGGUACUAGGUGGCCGCAUCGGCGUCGUAGGAACCGCUGGCUUCUUGACGGGAGGUGGAAUUUCCUUCUUCAGCCCGGAGCGUGGUUGGGCGUGUGACGGCGUCAUCAACUUUGAAGUCGUACUUGCAAGCGGGAAUAUCAUCAACGCGAAUGCGACAUCGCACUCUGAUCUCUUCGUCGCACUCAAAGGAGGGCAGAGCAACUUCGGAGUUGUCACGCGCUUCGACUUGAAAGCCUUCUCCGCCGGUCCUAUCUACGGCGGAAGGAUUGUUUUCGGAGCCAAUGCUACCACGCCUCUACUUUCGGCAUACACGGAGCUUAAACUAGGGGAGUAUGAUCCGUACGCAGCGGGCUGGGUCACAGUGCGAUAUAACCACACGGCAGCGACAUUUACUCCGGUCAGCAUCAUGUGGGACACGCGGCCAGCAAAACUUAGCACGUUGAGAAGUAUCGUCGAAGUGAAGCCGCAGGUCAUGAAUGGCAUGAUCGAAGCGCCCAUCAGUGAGCAUACCAGGAAUGCAUCCAGACAAGUGGCCGCGAAUCCUCAAAGGACAGUUUGGGCAACGACAUCAUUUUCAAUCUCCUCGACGAUCAUACAUCGCAUCCACAGCCUCUGGAAAGACGUCGUACCUGGAAUCGCAGCACAGUAUGCCUAUGCCAAGCCAAUUGCAGAAAUAACCUUCCAAGCUCUUCCCGCACCACCUCGCAAUGGCACAGCACCGAACAGCCUAGGUUUUGGACCAGACGAGGCACCAGAGAAAGACCUCGUAUUCUUGCAGAUAAUCUUCACGUUUGAAGAUGCUGCCGCUACCGAUGGGUUCGAAGAGGCUUUGAAGGAUUUGGUAAGGCUGAUCGAAGGCUUAACGAAGGAGGAGGGUGUGUUCCAUCCAUACAAAUAUCUCAACUUUGCGGCAUCCUUUCAGGAUCCGUUGGCAAGCUAUGGCGGUAUCGAAUUGAGGAGAAUGAAGAAAGUGGCAAGGAAGUAUGAUCCGACAGGCGUGUUUCAGACGCAGGUACCUGGAGGGUUCAAGCUGUUUUAA